CCUCCACCUUUGGCGCGAAGGACCCAGACGCCCUCCCGGCAACAGCUCUCGCAUCUCUUUGCAGCCUGUUUCUGCACAUAACCGAAGGAAGACCCCUAACACUAACGGCCCCGGGACCAUCGAGCUGAUGGCGUCUUCGACCCCUUCUUCUUCAGCAACCUCCUCGAAUGCGGGAGCAGACCCCAAUACCAGUAACCUGCGCCCCACAACUUAUGACACCUGGUGCGGCGUGGCUCAUGGAUGCACCAGAAAACUGGGGCUCAAGAUUUGCGGCUUCUUGCAAAGGACUAAUAGCCUGGAAGAGAAGAGCCGGCUUGUGAGUGCUUUCAAGGAGAGGCAGUCUUCCAAGAACCUGCUUUCCUGUGAAAACAGUGACAGGGAUGGCCGCUUCCGGAGAACAGAGACAGACUUCUCCAAUCUUUUUGCUCGAGAUCUGCUUCCAGCUAAGAAUGGGGAGGAGCAGACUGUACAGUUCUUACUGGAAGUCGUGGACAUUCUCCUCAACUAUGUCCGCAAGACAUUCGAUCGCUCCACUAAGGUGCUGGACUUCCAUCACCCACACCAGCUGCUGGAAGGCAUGGAGGGCUUUAACUUGGAGCUCUCUGACCACCCUGAGUCUCUGGAGCAGAUCCUGGUUGACUGUAGAGACACCCUGAAGUAUGGGGUCCGCACAGGUCAUCCUCGAUUUUUCAAUCAACUGUCCACGGGACUAGAUAUCAUUGGGUUAGCUGGCGAAUGGCUGACAUCAACUGCCAAUACCAACAUUCCAGAGUUUUAUACAGGAGGAGCCAUAUCCAACAUGUACAGCAUCAUGGCAGCUCGCUACAAGUACUUCCCGGAAGUUAAGACCAAGGGCAUGGCAGCUGUGCCCAAACUUGUCCUCUUCACAUCAGAACACAGUCACUAUUCCAUAAAGAAGGCUGGGGCAGCUCUUGGCUUUGGAACCGACAAUGUGAUUUUGAUAAAGUGCAAUGAAAGGGGGAAGAUAAUUCCAGCUGAUUUAGAGGCAAAAAUUCUUGAAGCCAAACAAAAGGGCUAUGUUCCUCUUUAUGUUAAUGCAACUGCUGGCACAACUGUUUAUGGGGCUUUUGAUCCAAUACAGGAGAUAGCAGAUAUAUGUGAGAAGUAUAACCUUUGGCUGCAUGUUGAUGCUGCCUGGGGUGGUGGGCUUCUCAUGUCCAGAAAACACCGCCAUAAACUCAGUGGCAUAGAAAGGGCCAACUCAGUCACCUGGAACCCUCACAAGAUGAUGGGCGUGCUGCUGCAGUGCUCCGCCAUUCUUGUUAAAGAAAAGGGGAUCCUUCAAGGCUGCAACCAGAUGUGUGCAGGGUACCUCUUCCAGCCAGACAAGCAGUACGACGUCUCCUACGACACUGGGGACAAGGCAAUUCAGUGUGGCCGCCACGUGGACAUUUUCAAGUUCUGGCUGAUGUGGAAAGCAAAGGGCACGGUGGGAUUUGAAAAUCAGAUCAACAAAUGCCUGGAACUGGCUGAAUAUCUUUAUGCCAAGAUUAAAAACAGGGAUGAAUUUGAAAUGGUUUUUGAUGGGGAGCCUGAGCAUACAAACGUCUGUUUCUGGUAUAUUCCACAAAGCCUGAGAGGUGUUCCAGAUAGCCCCGAACGACAGGAAAAACUACACAGGGUGGCUCCAAAAAUCAAAGCCCUGAUGAUGGAAUCUGGCACCACCAUGGUCGGCUACCAGCCUCAGGGGGACAAGGCCAACUUCUUCCGGAUGGUCAUCUCGAACCCAGCUGCUACCCAGUCUGAUAUCGACUUCCUCAUUGAGGAGAUAGAAAGACUGGGCCAGGAUCUAUAAAUUCAGAACAUGAGUCUGUGGGAAUUCCCUUUCCUCUCUGGCACUCUAGAACAACCUAUAUAAGUUGCUGAAAUACAUGCCCCAUUUCACUGAGGGAACAUAUACUCUCUUGAAGAAUACUGUUACAACCUUACUUAAGCUUGUUAUAGGUAGCAGGAAAUAAUGUUCUUUUUAAAAAGUUGCACAUUAGGUACACAGUAUAUAUGUACAGUUAUAUAUACCUCUCUCUCUCUAUCUGUAUGUAUAGUUAGUGUGGCUUAGUGAUAGCUCACAGCAUGCCCCCACUCCACAGGAAUUAACUUCACCUUCAGCUGUUACCGAGGGGCCAAACAUGCUGCAAACCAGCUUACUCACCAACCACAGGGAAGAUGUCUACCCAAAUGUCAUGUCAUAAGGACUAAGGGAAAUGCUGUGGUGGCAGCUGACUUCAUUGUCAGUGUUUCUCCCACCCGAAGUGAUGAUGGAUGAGAAAAAGCACCCCUAAAUGACAAGAGUCAUGCCCUGCCCUUUAGUAUCCUCUUAGGGGGAAAUAGCAGCUGAGUCAUUGUCACAGGUGUACUAUUCCUGUAUUUUUAGAGGUUAAUUUGUGUAGAUUGUGACUAUAUUACUGUUGUCUGACCUGGGGGAGAGGGGAGAGAAUACACAUAAUGAUUUCGAUGACUUUAAUUAUAGGUAAAUGAAAUAUUUGCUUAUUUAUAUUCAGAUAUUUACCAUGUUAAAGAGGUGUCUUGUAUUUUCUUCCCAUUUGUAAUGUAUCUUAUUUAUAUAUUAAUGCAGUAAGGUCUGAAAAAUUGUUUAUGGUAUUUUCGUGCACUUGUGAGCCAAAGAGAAAAGAUUAAAAUUAGUGAGACUUGUAUUUAUAUUAGAGUGCCCUUCCUUAAAAUAAGGAUUUAAGCAUAAGUUUACUAUCUAUAAGAGAAUUCUGACAUUGUACAUAAAGUCAUAUAUAUGCAAAUCCCAUUACUUAAACAGCUCCUGCUCUCCUAUUAUCUUCUGUCUGGCUGUAUAUCUGUGUUCUCAAAGCUUUUCUAGUUAACUAUUAAAUAAUGACUACAUCUCUUGUAAUUUUGUAGUAGUUCAUGACCAAUCUCUGUGACUUGCUUAGCUCAAACCUAAGGCAAUGUUUUGAAUACCUUCCGAAGAUCUCAGAUUAAUUGACCAGGCUCACAACUGUUUUUGAAGAAAGGAAAUUCACACUGUGCGUUUUAAGAGUAUGCAAGAAUAUAAAUAAAUAAAGCUAUUCUCCAUGGAGAACUCA